GAACCACAUGAGGAAUAAAGGGACCAAGCAGAAGACCAAGAAGAAAGGCGGCGAAAAUGUGUUCGGCUGUGACCUGACGGAACAUCUCCAGACCUCAGGACAGGAUGUCCCUCAGGUUCUGCAGAAAUGUGCAGAGUUUAUCGAGAAGCACGGGAUUGUUGACGGGAUCUACAGGUUGUCAGGGGUCACCUCAAACAUCCAGCGGCUCAGACAGGAAUUCAGCUCUGAGGCGUGCCCUGAUCUUACAAGGGAAGUGUACCUCCAGGACAUCCACUGUGUGGGUUCCUUAUGUAAGCUGUACUUCAGGGAGCUACCCAAUCCUCUGCUCACCUAUGAGCUGUACAGCAAAUUCACCGAAGCAGCCUCAGUCUGCGGGGAUCAUGAACGACUUCUUCACAUUCAAAAGGUGGUCAGGGAAUUACCAACGCCUCACUUCAGGACUCUGGAGUACCUCACCAAACAUUUGGCCCGCCUCGCUACCUUGAGUGCUCAGACCAACAUGCACACAAGGAAUCUGGCUUUAGUUUGGGCUCCUAAUCUAUUGAGAUCCAAAGCAAUUGAGGCCUCAUCUUGUAAUGGAGACAUGGCUUUCCAAGAGGUGCGAAUACAUCAGUCAGUAGUGGAGUUCAUUCUAAACAACACUGAGCAGAUCUUCAGCGGCAGUUCUGUGCUAAUCAAACCCAAAGAAGGGCCAAAUAUCGUGAGUGGUGAGAAGUACGCCACACUCCCGAUCAGCGGGCAAUGUGGGCCAAUGAAACUGAUGAGCCUGGAAGAAGCCCAGGCCCGCUCCUUAAGUCCAAACCAUCCUGUGCACAGAGAACGUCAGCGAGAGAACAGCCUCCCUGACACUAGCAUGGCCACGCUCUACCACACCGUCAUAGACUUGGAUAGCAAGAGAAAGUUUUCAGGGAAAUCUAAGAAAUGGAAAUCCAUCUUCAAUUUGGGACGGUCAGUGGACUCCAAAGGAAAAUUGAGCAGGAAUGGCAGUGUGUUUAUAAGAGCUCCAGGGUUAAGAGAAAAGGCAUCUCUUCGACCAUCCAGAAGCAUGGAGUCACUGUGUUCCUUGCCAACAGAUGAUGACAGAACUGGAAACAGUCCAUCAGGGGGACAAGGCAACAAUUUCGUGCCAGAUGUAAAAUCCAGAACUCUCGGAUCUGAUUCUCUUUACGACUUGAGCGAACAUGACCAAAACUGGGAGUUUGAGGGGAAAAAAUCUGAUGGAGCAACAGGUGGUUGGAGCUCCGGCUUAGAUCAAAAAGGUUCACUGGGUGCUUCGGCAACUCCUCAAAAAACAUUGCCAGAGCAACUGAAGGUGUUCAAGGGAGAUGACCUCAGCAGCUACCAGCCAACGUCCCCUAAAAACAGGCGGACGUUGUACUCGGGUUCGUCCUACAACAGCUCCUCACGGCCUUCCUUUCCCGGAAGCUUCUUUCCACUUGAGUCAUCACCGAGGCAUCAGCGAAGAGUCGUUAACAUAUCGGAGCCUUUCGCUGUGUCAGUACCACUUCGCGUGUCAGCCGUUAUCAGCUCCAACAGCACGCCGUGUAGAGGGCUUGCCAAGGAUAAGAUGGCAGCAACAGGCCUGAAACCCUGCAGAGAAACCUCCGAGCCGAGCAACUGUGGGAAAAGUAACAUGUUUCCCCAACUGGAGCCUGACAAGAGAGAAGGAACAGAGAGGAAAGACACAUUGGAGUUGGCCCAAAAAAUCCAGCCACAGGAUACUAGCAAUGGUGUAGACCAGAAACCUCAGGAAAUGAUCAGUAAGACUCAAUUGGAAGAGCCUUCAGUUGUGAGUGAAGGCACAGCUACAACGCCAUCUAGUGGGCAACAACUGGACAAUCAGCCUAUCUCUGCUCAAAAGGAUAAUGAAUCAUCUACUGUAAAGAAAAUGUGGUCUGAUCUCCACCAAGAACUGGAGAUAACCGAAUCCAAAAGUGACCUGACGGAUAAGACUUCUGUUUUAACAUAUAAAAACAAGAGGUUAACCAUGGAUGUAAAGACGAAAAGAAGUCUCAGCUCUCCAUCGCUGUCUUUAUUAUGCAAGGAUCAGUCUCCAAAUACAUCCCGCAAUGAUCAUCUUAAUGCCUCCAGGUCUGGAUCUACAAAGAAGCAGCCUUCAGAGCCAGACAUCCUUUUUUCUCUCUAUAAAAAUCAUGUUCAGGUCGAUAGACACAGAAAAAGUGUCAGCCCUAUUCUGGAUAAAAAGGACAAGAACAUUCAGAAGAUCGUUGCACAAAUCCCACCUUUGGUUAAAGACGCAGCUCACACGGAGCAGCAACUUCCUUUGAAGGAAACAUGUUUAUGUGAUGACACUCCAACAGUUGAUAACCAAAGACAAUCAGAGGAACAUAAAAGUCCUAAAGAAAACAAAAAUGCCUCAAAUUAUGUGGAGAAGAUACCGGAAGUUAUUUCAAGGAUGUCUGUAUGUUUAGAGAAGAGACCCAACUCUCUGGAGCUGCUAAUCCAUGGUGAGGACGAAGGAUGUGCAGGGAACUCUGAAGAGUUGGAUCUAGUGGAGCCUUGGGAUGACAUCAGCUCCACUAAGCAAUGGGUCACCAGCCCGCUGCACUCACCUGAUUUGGAAGAACUAUUUAAACAGCAGUUAGGGUUUAGCUCUGGAGAGCCUACUCUGAAUUCAGAAAAGGAACAGACCUCAUCUUCUUCAUCCAAACAAUCAAACGGAACAUCUCUGGUAAAGAGCUUGUCCGGAAACUUCCCUCAAGCAUUCGGCACCAAACAAGAAACUAAAUUGACCUGUUUGCCAAAUUCUUCACAACCCAGCGUCAAUGGCAGCAAUGCAUCACCAGCUCCAGUAGGGAGAAGCAGCACAACAAAACAGAAAUCAUCUCAACGGUUUCACAGACAAAUGUCUUAUGAAGCAGCAGCUCUAGAGAAAAGAGAAGAACACCACUUUUCUAAACACAGACCAUACUCCCUUAACUUGGAUCUAGGACCUCGGUGCAUUAGGGAUAUUUCUAAUCAGCAAAGCAGACCUUUAUAUGAGAGUUCCUUCUAUCAGAGGAGCUUGUCUGUAAACAAUGGGCUCCUCUCAGAGUUGGAUUUGUUCCUGAAUGAUCGUCAGGCACCUUUGCGGCGGAACUCUGCUCCCGUCAGCGUGUCAUCAGUCCGGACGGCCUUCAUGAUAAAGACAUGCCAAGCAAAGGCUGUGCCUGUCGUCCCUCCAAAGGUCCAGUACAGUCAGAUACCUCCCUCUAGGAGAGAUGGUGACUUUGACACAACAAAAGAGCAAGACAAGGAGUACCCUAAAACAAGUGCAGAAAAAAGCCACACAGCCCCUUUGCCCAUGAUGACUGACCUGAAGGAGGAGCUAGAGAAUAAAGACCCUGUACCUGAACACCAACUCCAAACAAAUACAGAGAAAGCUGCUGAGACCACGAGGACUGCGAACACUCCAGAACUGCCAGUCAUCAAAAGGCGACACGCUCCCAGUCUUGAGGUGUUUGUUGAUUGUCCCAGACCCAACAGAGCAAACCUCUUACAGAGGCCGUCUUUUAGGAACCGGCAGAGACCACAGAGUCUGAUCCUGUUCAGUCCCCCUUUUCCCAUCAUGGAUUACCCUCCAUCAGGGGACGAUAGCAAGCAUCUGACAUCCAUCAAGAGCCUGAAUGAGGCGUCGACAGUGAAAGAGGUGUCAGGCGAGGGAAUUGCUCUCCAAAAUAAAAUGACUAUUCCAAAAAGUGGUCAGAGACUGGAAACAUCAACCAGCUGCUUCUACCAGCCACAGAGGAGAUCCAUGAUAUUUGAUAGCAGGAACCACAGACAGAUAGAGUGAUCAUGCAGACUGGCGGAAUGUAAAUAGCUGUACCGAGACCCGUACAGUAUCUCGCAGAAGUGAGAACUCUCCUCACAUUUAAGCAACCAUUUUCAUGACCACAGGGACAGUACGACAAAAAUAAAACUUUAAAAUAACUUCAAACAUUCAAUAUAUAGAUGUAUAUGAAAGAAAGGUAGACUGUAAAAUAACAACACACUGUCUAAAUAGCUGCCAGCACAAAUGAGUGCACCUAAUAGGUAAUCCUGUCUAAAUGGAGUCCAAAUGUGUGAAUAUUUAGUGUGAGCACCAUUGUUAUCCAGCACUGCCGUAAUCCUCUUGGGCAUAGAACUCAUCAGGUUGUUACUCGAAUCCUCUUCCACUCCUCCAUGAUGACUCCUCCGCUUAACGAUGUCCAACAGGUGCUCAACUUGGUUCAGGUCUGAAGACAUGUUUUGACUACUCCAUCACCUUCAGCUUGCUUAGCAAGACACAUGUCGUCUUCAAAGUGUAUUUGAGCUUCUUACCAUGUUAGAAAACUGCCAUGGGGCCCAGUUUCCCAAGGGAAAUGCUGUGCUUCAGACAAUCAAUCACAAAACAGUGGUUAGCGCUCGUGCCUCACAGAGACACGAUCCUGGGUUCGAUUCCUUUCUGUGUGGAGUUUGCAUGAUCUUUCCGUAACUGCGUCGAUUCCCUCCGGAUACUCCGUUUUCCUCCCACCUCCAUAAACAUUCACCUGGGGAUAGGUUGAUUGGCAACACUAAAUUGGCCCUAGUGUGUUAAUGUUGUCUAUCUGUGUUGGCCCUGCGAUUAGGUGGCGACUUGUCCAGUGUGUACCCCGCCUAUGCAGGUACCUAGGCUCCAGUCCCCUGCGACCCCGAGAGGGACAUACAGUAUGAAAUGGAUGGAUGUUGGAAUUUAUGCACCACAGCUUCUCAGUGCUUGCAGCACUCAUGCAACCACCAUGUUUGAUUAUCAGUAAGACACAAUUAUCUUGGUUUUUACUCAUGUGUUGCAGCUAUUCUGACAACAAUAACUGUGUGUUGACUCAUUAUUAGCGGAUCGUGAAUCUAUACUGCUCUACCCUGACUACUCUAAAGUAUAUCCAAUUUUCUAUAGUAUUCCAUGAGGAGAUAUACUAAAGUGCAAAUUGUAGCUAAAAUGUUUGGGUUGUACUCAAAUUUUGGGAAAUCCUGUACGAUAACAUGUUGUAAAUCAUAGUAUAGUAUUUUAAAGAACGCUUUGAGGGAUAUUUAAUUAAGAGUCCUUUAUAUAGUAAUGACGUAUAUUAAAGAAAUGCACAUUUCUUAAAUACGAGAACAUUUUUAAAGGCAUCUAAAAAUACCGUAAUCAAAUGCUUUUUAGUAUAAUACACAUACUAAACGUUUGCAUUCAGCAUUAGACUAUCAGUACGCUGUAGAAUUUACUUCAGAUUUUAUACUUGAAAAUGAACGAAGGUUAGUGUAAUGAGUGUCAUGUAGACAAACUCACUCCUACCUUUUGAAUUUUAGUGAUUUACUGGAAAAAUAACAUGUUUUUACUGCUUUUAUGCAUGUCCAACACUAUUGUAAAGUUUUAAAAACCAGGUUGCAAUCACAGUCAAAAUACAUUCUCUGCCUGGUAAAAGUACAGUUUUCACGAAGCAAUGCAGCUCGGAUCACUAUCCUUGUGAAAAGCAACAAAAUAGAGCAGUACCCUGCAACAUUUUGGCACCCUUUCACCAAGAUUCACAGCAGUACGGUACCUCAAGGUAAGCCUGUAGAUACAUCGCAGUGGUCGACAUAAACACUUUUGGGAUCGGGUAAUAGUACAGCAACAUUUGUCUUGUUUGUUUAAUCCGUCGUAUCGCGCUGCUAUGAUGUCACACUAUUUGCGAUGGAGCAGGACUGGUUGUACCGAACUGUGCCGUGACAAGCUGAACUGAACUGUGUCGCUUUGUGGGAACAUGACUUGGAAGGCGGUUAUAGCAUUGUGCUAUAAUAUAAUGACAGUGAGCAAUCAAAAGCCGGUGUUGUCAGUCUUUUGGGUCACAGUAAGUGAACAAAAAGUGGUAAUGAUGCUGUUUAACAGUUCACCUGCACUGGCUAUGAUGGCUAUGACCAUGUAGACUGCAGGGAAUGUACUGCUGAAGGUGUUUACUGGCGACAUGAAGUAAACAUUAAUUAUACUGUAUAAGGAAAUGCAUCUAGUUAUUAUUGUGAUAUUUAACAGUAAGACAGAUGAUAAUGUUAACCCACCGAAGGAGCUUUUCAUGUUGUUUUUUUUCAUCUUCAUAUUUUUUUCUGUUUUUCAAGUGACAAAGAUGCCAAAAAAGUCUUGUGCACGGAGGCGAGCACAGGUGAUGGAAUCUACAUUUUAAAAGCAUGGGGUUGAUUCUGUGGAGAUUGUGCAUGCUGACUGUAUGUGUUUGGACCUUUGUGAUGCUUCAGGUCAAAUUCGGCAUAUGAACACAACUAUUAUUGGACCAGGAGAGACUCUUUGUGUUUUAUACCGUUACUAUUACAUAUUUUGAUUUUUUUGUUCUUGUUCUUUUUAAAUAGCAUUGAUGGCGAAAACAUCACUGAAGAGGUUAUGAGAAUAAAAAGUUGU